GUCUUGUGGCAUUCAAGCCGGGGCCGACAUGGCUCGCAACCGACCGCUGCUGCAGCGGCGCAUGCCGGGCGAAUCGCGGCGCGAAUGGGUCGUGCGCAACCUCACCUACUCGCUCGCGUCCGACAUCCUCAACGUCCUCCACUUUGCAUUGGCGGUGCUCGCUAUCUUUUUGUACAGUGCCAAGAACUGGCUCGUUUGGACCACGACCAAGGACGUUUUGUGGCUUAAGUACCUGCACUUGGCCAUGGGCAGCCUCUACGCGGCCGACUACACCCUUCGGAUCUACGCAGCCGACGAACGCGUACGCUACGCGCUGACGCUUUUACCGCUUGUUGAAGGUGCUACGAUUUUGCCCCAGCUCGUCGACUUGCUUUUGGACGACGCGCACUACGAUACGCUCGUCGUGAGCCUCAAGAGUCUGCGCCCGCUGCGCUUUCUUUGCACGUUUCGCGCUUUGGGGCUGAUUCGCAGCGCCAAGUGGCGACAAAUCUGCACGCUGGCGCUCGGUGUCGUUUGCAUUAUCGUCGUCUUUGGCAGUCUCUUUCAAGCUGUUGAAGCGUGUCCGUGCACCGAGCUCAACGCAUGUGGUCAUGCCAAGACGCAGCCGCGACACGCGCAGUGCCAAGUGCUCGAGAUCUACACGUGCAUGUACUUUAUUGUCAUCACUAUUUCGACACUGGGGUACGGCGACAUUGCGCCAAGGAGCUCGACAGGCAAGGCGCUCGUGAUUUUUCUCAUUGGCGUCAGUGGGGCGUGGCUCUCGCUUCAAAUCUCGCGCCUCAGCGACGUCCUCAACCGCGUAUCGGCCUACGACCGCGCCUACCGAGCGAUUCCUCAAGCGAAUUCACACGUGCUUGUGCUCGGUGACGUUUCGCCGAGUGCGCUCGAGUGCUUUCUGCACAUGUUUUUCAACGCUACGCCAACGACGUGGAAUACCACCGUCGUCGUGCUCGCGCCGGGCCCGCCAUCGCGCGGGCUCCAGCGUCUGCUCUUUCAUCCGAGAUACGAGCCGCGUGUGGUGUACCUCUCGGGGUCGCCGAUGCUGCAAGCCGAUCUGCACCGUGCCAGCAUUAUGGUGGCGAGCGCCUGUUACAUUCUGACGCGGACGCCGCUGGACGACACGGCGACCAAUUUCUUUACGAUUUCGCUGCGCCACUGCAACAAGAACGUGCCCAUUUUUGCCCAAGUUGUUGGCACUGACUAUCUGGAGCAUGUGAUGCUCUCGGGCGCGACUAACGUCGUGUGCAUGGAGCAGCUCAAGCUCGGUCUCUUGGCCAAAGCGUGCGUGGUCCCCGGCAUCCUCGGCCUCAUUUCGAGUCUUUUGUUUACGUCGCCGCGCCUGGACCGAGCCAGCACGGGUACGUGGGCCCACGAUUUUGCAUGGGGCGCUCGGUACCGGAUUUACCAAUGUGGACUUCCGAAAUUUCUCGAUCGCCUCGUCCCCUUUGCCACGUGGGCGUACAUUUGUUUCAGGGAAUUUCACAUGCUACCGAUUGGCGUCUUUGAUGGUGACGCGCAUCGGCUCUUCCCCGCGACGGCGCACGUGCGCUGGACGUGGUCGAUUUUUGUGCUCGCAACGUCGCCGUCGGUGCAAAGCCAGGUCGAAGACAUUUCAUUGCUGAUGCUGCAGCGGUACGAGAGGCUCUUGCCGCAGUUUGACAAGAUUGUGCAAGCGUGGAAUUUCCGGGCAUUUAGCACCCAAUUUCGCCGGCUGACGCGCCGCACGAGCCUCGUGGUACCGCUUCCGCCGAAAAAAACGCUCUCCCGCGCCAGCACCAAGCGCAGCUCGGUGAGCACCCGCGAGGAAGGCAACACCAAUGCGCUGCCUUUGGGGCGGCGUAACGCAGUGGUCCCGCACUCGAUCGACACAUACGUGAUGUCAGUCGCAUGCGAGGGAAGUACUCGCGUGCGCCCUACUCUUGGUCCGUCCGUCGCUGUGCUGGACGAAGGGCCCAAGGCGAGUGCAGUGGGCGAAGGGCCCAAAGCGAGUGCGGUGAGCCCCGCCGCGGCGCCCGCAUCGACCAAGAAACACCUUGUGCCCAUGCUAUCGACCAUGCGCGUGGCGGGCUCCCAUCGGCGCUCGAUGCUGCCAGUUCAGCGCCUCUCGCACGUUCAGCACAUUGCUGCUUUCCAGUCCUUCUUGGGUCUGCGUGUACCGCAAAAUCUCUGUGGCCACGUUGUGCUCUGCGGCGCGCCGAGCCAGCUCCUCGACUUUGUCCAGCCGCUUCGCAUUCCCGGCCAGGCCGCGCCGGCCAUUGUCAUUGUGAGUCCGACGCCAAUGGCCGAGGCACUCCACGCGCGGAUCGCAACGUACGGCGACAUCUACCACGUGCAAGGCUCGCCGCAUACGAUCGAGGUCGCGCACCACGCCAAGGUAUUUGCGGCCAAGACGAUCGUCCUCCUUGCCUCGAGCGAAAACCUCGAAGACGACGACAGCACGGGGUACGUGGCCGACACGGAGGCACUCUCGCUGCACCGCUUCUUGCGCCAAGUGUGCGAUCUCUACGGCGACCCCGUCGGAGUUCCGCCCUCGAUUGUGGUGGAAGUGCAACGACCGGUGAGCUUGCAGUUCCUCAAAGAUGCCAACGACGACUCCGCGCCGCCGAUCGUGCACCCGGACGAGGCGGACUUUUUGCGGCCGUUUUGCCAUCCGCUCUAUGCGGCCGGCGAUGUAUUCUUUUCACAGAUGCUCGAUGCGCUUCUCGGCGCCUGUACCGUCCAUGGCAGCGCGAUCGACCUCGUGCACUUGCUCGUGCUUGGCGAGCAGGGUGUGCGCGGUGAGAGUGGCCAUGCGUCCCCGCUUAGCCAAGUGCCGGUCCCGAUCCUCUUUUGGGGCCAAACGUACGACGCACUCUUCGAGUCGUUUUUGCUGCAACAUAAGACGCUGUGCAUUGGACUGUACCGCUUGCGACCGCCUAAGCACUACUUUGUCCAACUCCACCCACCGCCGCACGUCGUCUUGGGCCCCAAGGAUUUUGUGUUUGUUUUGAAAUAG